CUCAGAAAGCUUAAACAAGUGUAUUGUCGGCCUUCUUGGGUUUAUAGAGCUUAAAAAUAACAAUCAGAAUUGUUCAAUGUGUAAAGUAUAAUAAAAAAAAUUAAUUUAAAUUAAAUAUUCAGUGUUACUACUAGAAACGGAACGGAAGUCAAUAAACUCCAUAUCCAAAACAGUCGACCUAUAUAUCGCACAUAGUUUAUUUCGAGGUUUCUUAUAUUUCAACAGUGUCCUGGAUUAAUAUUCUACUUUACUUGUGUUGUCCUAAAUUAAGACUACUAGAUCAUAGUUACAAGUCAACUGUCGUAAAAAAAACAAACAUUCCUGCUGAUAUAAAGAUGCAAAAUAUAGCGAAGUUGAUAACGGAGCAACUUCGCAACCCAAACGAGCUUGAUAUUAGCUUAAGGAUGGAGUUUGGACCAUUUGAAACUGUUCACAAAUGGAAACGAAUGUCUGAAUGCUAUGAGUUUGUGGGAGCAAGACGAAGUAAACACACUGCAGUUGCAUACAAAGACGCAAUAUAUGUGUUUGGUGGUGACAAUGGCAAGUCUAUGCUCAAUGAUCUUAUAAGAUUUGAUAUAAGAGAAAAAUCAUGGACAAAGACAGGAUGUAUGGGCACUCCUCCAGCCCCGAGAUAUCAUCAUUCUGCUGUGGUACACAGAUCUUCAAUGUUUGUAUUUGGUGGAUACACUGGUAAUAUUUUGGCAAAUUCGAAUCUGACCAAUAAAAAUGAUCUAUUCGAAUACAAGUUCCAAAGCGCUCAGUGGGUACAAUGGAAAUUUACUGGCCAAGAGCCAGUUCCACGAUCGGCUCACGGCGCUGCCGUGUACGACGAUAAGCUGUGGAUAUUCGCUGGCUAUGAUGGAAACGCCCGCCUGAAUGACAUGUGGACGAUUAACUUAGUGGGCGAGAACCAUCAAUGGGAGAGCGUGGAGCAGAAGGGCGACUGUCCGCCGACGUGCUGCAACUUCCCGGUGGCCGUCGCGCGCGGGAAGAUGUUCGUGUUCAGCGGCCAGAGCGGAGCCAAGAUCACCAACGCUCUCUUCCAGUUCGACUUCGAGACGCACACCUGGAGCCGCGUGUGCACGGAGCACCUGCUGCGCAGCGCGGGCCCGGCGCCGGCGCGGCGCUACGGGCACGUCAUGCUGCAGCACGACCGCCACCUCUACGUGUUCGGCGGCGCCGCCGACAGCACGCUGCCCUCCGACCUGCACUGCUACGACCUGGACACGCUCGAGUGGUCGGUGGUGCACCCGGCGCCGGAGUCGCAGAUCCCGUCGGGGCGGCUGUUCCACGCGGGCGCCGUGGUGGGCGACGCCAUGUACAUCUUCGGCGGGACCGUCGACAACAACGUGCGCAGUGGGGACCUCUAUCGCUUCCAGCUUUCAAACUACCCUCGAUGCACACUACACGACGACUUCGGGCGCAUCCUGAAAUCGCAGCAGUUCUGCGACGUGACUCUUCUGGUGGGAGCUGAACAGACGGAAGUGUUCGCUCAUCAAGCCAUGCUGGCUGCGAGAUCGCAGUAUCUAAGAGCUAAAAUUAAAGAAGCGAAAUUGGCUCUCGCUAAACGCAUUGCGGCGGGCGAGGAGAAGGCGGAAGAGUGCUCGUACAAGUCCCGCCCCCAACUCACCGUCAUCCUGCACGAGGCGACGCCCGAGGCCUUCAACAUGGUCCUCAACUAUAUUUACACGGACAGAAUCGAUCCCACUGAAAAAGACGAGGACCCCGAGUCGCCGGCCACCAUCCUGCUGGUGAUGGAGGUGCUGCGCCUGGCGCUGCGGCUCAACGUGCCGCGCCUGCGCGGCCUGUGCGCGCGCUACCUGCGCGCCAACCUGUGCUACGGCAACGUGCUGCCCGCGCUGCACGCCGCGCACCGCGCGCAGCUCGCCUGCAUCAAGGAGUACUGUCUGAGGUUCGUCGUAAAAGAUUACAACUUUACGGCCAUCGUGAUGUCACCCGAGUUCGAGCAAAUGGACCAGCGAUUAAUGGUGGAGGUGAUCCGUCGCCGGCAACAGCCCUCGAGCAAGGUGGCCGCCCACAACGAACAGGAGGAGGAGAUCCUCGGCACGACGCUGGAGCAGGACAUGUGCGUGUUCGCGGGCGGCGGCGGCGCCGAGCUGGCGGACGUGAAGCUGCGCGUGGGCGGCGCGGCGCGGCCGGCGCACCGCUCCAUCCUGGCCGCGCGCGCCGCCUACUUCGAGGCCAUGUUCCGCUCCUUCUCGCCGCUCGACAACGUCGUCAACAUUCAGAUCUGCGACACGGUGCCCUCGGAGGAGGCCUUCGACUCCCUGCUGCGGUACAUUUACUACGGCGACACCAACAUGCCCACCGAGGACUCGUUGUACCUGUUCCAGGCGCCCAUAUACUAUGGUUUCACAAACAAUCGGCUCCAAGUGUUCUGCAAACAUAACCUCCAAAGCAAUGUCUCUCCGGAGAAUGUACUCGCCAUCUUACAAGCCGCGGACCGUAUGAGGGCCACUGAUAUUAAGGAGUACGCUCUUAAGAUGAUCGUCCAUCAUUUUGAUCAGGUGGCCCGCCAAGACGCUAUCAAGAAUCUCGCGCAACCUCUACUAGUCGACAUCAUAUGGGCACUCGCCGAAGAGCCACGCGUCGACACACCCCUCCCCCUCCAACCGCGCUCCCUCCCGCCGUCGACAUCAGCCGACACACUCGCAGAGGACCCAGAAUACAAACGCCACAGAACGGGAAACUAAUGAAAAUGGUGCCUAAAUAUUGGUAUCAUGUUCAAUAAGAGAUGUCAAGAUUGUCGCACUAUAAAGUAUUUAGGGGAAAACUGUAAUCUCUUUAUGUUUAAUGAAAGGGUUUAUCAUAAAUGAUAUGGAACAAACCCAUUCCACAGAUCUUGGUAUAUUAAAUAUGCAAGAUUCUUUGCACAAAUCUAUAUCCAUCCAACAGAAGGUGGUUUGUUAAUUAAUUUAUUACUCUGUUUAAUAUGUGGUGUGAUGGAAAUGUCAAUUUGGGACUUUGUCGCGUGUAUUAUAUAACCAAAGUUAACAGAUACGUUUAAAGUCUAAUUUAAACAUCUAGCAGUAUUAUUUUUUUAGAAGAAUAAAUGAUACAUCCGAUCAAAUGACUAGAUAUGCUGAUACAGUAGAGCCUAGUUCAUUGGCACUAAUUUAAUGAAAAAAAUAUUGAAUUGUUUUGUUAACAGUAAGUUUGUAUGUUAAAAACUUCUGUCAUUAAAAAUGUGUAAUGAAACUUAAAGGAAGGUAAUGUAUUUAAAUGGAAAAUAAUAUAUAAUAGCAUUUCACAGAAAAAAUCCUAUAAUCUAAGCAUUCGGUUAUCUGGAUUCAGAUUCGGGACUGUGUAUUUUUCUAAUGGUGAAAUGUGAAUAGUAGGAAAAUAAGACAUGCCGAAGUGAUGGCUUUAUUUUCUAAAUAGUUUGGAAAUUGAAUUAUAUUAAAUUAUAGAUCUUUAUAUU